AUGGCCCUUAGUCGUCGCGACCUAGCUUUAGCUGGUAUCGGCCUUUUCAUCGCUUGGGGUCUGGUUGUGCGUGAGCUGCCGAUCCUUCGGUAUUUAGGAUAUGCUGUGACGCUGGGCGCCGUGUUGUGCUCGGUGGGUCUUCUGGGGCUUGUUACAUUGACGAUUCGACACCAAGACGACGUGCAAAACAACAAAAAUGUGUCCGUGGCUUUCAUCAAACCCGACAAUUGGCGCAAGGAAGUGCUAAAUGUGCGUCGAAGUACGCGAUAUCGGGCACGGCCCCUCUAUCCCGAAUCUUUUGUGGUGUCAGAGGGCAUUGAUGAGCUUUUGUCCUUGAUCAUACGAGAUUUUGUUUCCUCGUGGUAUCGCAACAUUAGCCCAAGUCCAAUCUUUGCCAAUGAAGUCGAUCGCACGAUCCGCGUUGCUCUCGAAAACCUACGGGACAGGUUGAUCGCAGAGGACAUGAUAUCACUGGUGGUAUCACGAAUAAUCCCAAUUGUGACCUCGCAUCUGAAAGAAUUUGAUAUAGCCGAGCGACUGGUCCGAGGGCGCAACUUGGACCGCAAUGUGACGGAGUCCGCUGAGCUGGACUUGGCAAUCGCGAAGAAGUACCGCGAUGGCAGGCUACAUCCUGCUGUUGCAUUGUCUGCAUCUGAUCAGAGAACCGUGCAACAAGAAUAUUUACGAAAGCUUGCGGUCGGGCUAUUGCCCCAGCUAUUUCCAGAGAGCGUGCUGAACAGUCGGAUUGUUUCAGUCUUGAUUCGUGAGAUUAUAUCAUGCGCCGUGUUUUUUCCAAUAGUCAAUGCAUUGUCUGAUCCAGACACCUGGAAUCAGUCAAUGGAAGCCUACGGCCGUACAGCUCUACAGGACAGAAAGACUGUGCGCAAGCUUCGUGCUGCACUGGACGAGCAUGCAUCGCCUGCCCCCAAGUCCAAACGCGGACAGCCAUUUCCGCGGUUAUCGGUGAAUGACUCAGAACGUGCCUUUGAGCGUUUUGUCAGAGCUAUCAGAAAAUGCAACAACCUAUCGGACGCGCGCCGUUUCCGUGCACUGGUCUCCAGCCAAUUGAAGCAGGAGAGCACGAUCGAAGGGCAAGAUCAAGUCUAUUUGCGACGAUUGGAAACGGGAAAGAGGGUUCUGGACCAGAAAGUGGCCAAACUCGCGAAGACUGGCGACGAACCCCAUGUGCCUCCAUCUUUAGACCUCCGACCCGAAAGCAUUGGACCUACAGCGCGAGAGACUUCUUUGGUUGAAGUCAUGCACAGUGCCUCGGGAUUGUCAUAUUUCAUGGAGUUCAUGGAUCGUCAGAAGCUCAUGUCUCUUGUUCAGUUCUGGAUCGUGGUAGACGGAUUCCGCAAUCCCCUCGAGGAUGACUUCGGUGAUGAGGCUGCGUCUGCGUCAAUCACCUGGAAGCCAGCGGACAGGAAUGACAUCGCUCUUAUCAGCGAGACAUAUCUCUCAAAACCAGAGUUGAAAGUUUCUGAUGAGUCUCGCCGGGCUAUCAAGACAUUCUUGAGCGCCGGCAAGCGUGCAAACUCAGAGCAAUACCGCAAAGCACGAACCGUUGUUUUGAGCACUCAGUCUGCCAUUCUAGAACACCUACAGGAGAAGUACUAUCCCAAGUUCAAAGAAUCCGAUCUCUAUUGGAAGUACCUCGCGUCCGAUGAAGCGUCCGCCAAUAUCCAAAACUCGUCUCGCCAGUCAUCUCCAAUUUCAGCCACAUUUGAACCCACAGAGAGAAGACCUCUUCCUCCGUUGCUAUCACGCACAUCCUCCCAGCCCGGCCUAAGACCAUCCAAAGAUAUUCGACGUGCUGUAGUAUCGUCGAGUGAUGUCAAAGCUAUGGGAAAGCUCUUCGAUGAUGACGACCCUCCACGACGAUCUAUUGAUUCCGAACGCUCUGGCCUUUUCGACGACGAGUACGACACGGACAAUCUAGCCACGUCAACCCAUAGCUUAGGAAAGACUUCCCAGAAUGGGGAGAACGAUAUGAGUCAAAGCCAAGUCCUCGAAACGAUGGAGGCAGCACUCAACGACAUCAUUACUGGCGAGCCCAAGAACGGCAAACCUGAUGAUACCAAAGCGGAGUCUGCUGGACUGUUUGGACCUGAGCGGCCUCUUCUUACACGCAACUUAUCUGAGGCUUCGCAGGCAGAGAAUCGUGGCAAUGAGAAAGCGAAGAAAAGUCUCGCAUCUCUUGGCCUGGUAGGCCAAGGAUCCCGGCUCGGUGUAUUCGAUGACGAAUUAUUCCCCGACCAGCAGAAGUUCAUCGAAGAUGAAUAUGAGGAGCCGGACGGAGCCGAUGAUAAAGACCCUGCGGAUGAAGUGCACGAAGCUGCGCCCGGCGAUUUAGGUCUCACGGAGGCAAUUGAGGCUUUGUCGGCGGGUAUUGACAAGCUUGCAGCCCAGGAUGCUGUUGUCCAGGCGUUGACACGCAAAGCCGAGCUCACGAAUAACACGGCAGAACUGCGAAUUCUGCGCAAAUCUAAAGCCAGCAUUGAGCGUGAAAUGCAUCGCAAAGAGAUGCAGCGGCAACAGUAUAUUCUUCAAGAAAGCGACAACAGUCUCUAUGGGCGUUCCACAGUCAGCCUCAAGUCUAUCGUCGUCGGCAAAGAAGAAGACGAUGGCCGCGAAUUUGCAAUGUAUAUUGUUGAGGUUCAAAGGAAGGCGGGAGAACAGAUGCCCGCUGCAUCUUGGGUUGUAGCGCGACGCUACAGCGAGUUCCACGAUCUCCAUCAGAAGCUCCGUCAACGCUACCCCUCUGUCCGCCACCUGGAGUUCCCUCGCCGGCGAGUUGUCAUGAAGUUGCAAAAGGAAUUCCUUCACAAGCUCGCGAUCUACGAGCAUUCCUAUCGCAGCGCGCCAUCCUCCCCCCACAAAGACAAUUCUCGGGAUAGUGAACUCGAGUCUAAAGACCUGGUUACUCGAAUUUACAACUCCGUCACAGAUGGCAUGGAUGACUUCCUCGGCAACUUCGGUGUGUUGGACCAACUGUCUACAGCGGGUCAAAAUCUCAUUUCCGCCGCAACCCAACAAGCCGGCACCUUGGCAACCCCAGACUCCAGUCUCGCCACCGAAGAUGCAGUGACGAGCGCCGAAGCUGAGGCAGAACUGAACGCCUUUGAAGACCGCGAGCUUGAGCCCUUUAUCAAGCCCAUCUGUGAUCUGUUUCUCGAGGCAUUCGAGCUCAAUCGCGGAAACAACUGGCUGCGUGGCCGAGCUGUUGUCGUUGUCCUGCACCAGCUCUUGGGUGGGACAAUCGAGCGCAAGGUGCGCGAGGGUGUUCGCGGCCUUGUUCAAGACGACUCGCUCCUCAAGUACAUCGCGCUUGGUCGAGACGUCAUGUGGCCGGGUGGAGUCCUCCGCAAGGCGCCUCCUCGAUCGGCGGCCGAUCGUCGCCACAGUCGGGCCGAGGCGACGGUCGUCUUGGCUACUCUCAUCCCCGAUUUGGCGGGUAAUGUUGUUGGUAGGGCUAAUGCCCAAGCUGCCGCUCGACGCAUCUUUGCGACGCUCAAUAAUCAGUAUCUCAACACCCACCUCAUAUUUACCAUCAUCGAUGAGAUAUUCUUGGUCCUUUUCGUAAGCGCAAUCCAUCAAGAGUCCAUGACCGAAUCCGCCCAAUCCCAAGCCUUCUCGAUCCCCGAGAUCUUCGAACUAAUCCUCCUCAAACUCGACAACCGCACCCUCCUCACAACAGCCCAGCUCAUAUGCCGCACGUGGACAACCUUCAUCCAAGAAUCCGCAGCCAUCCAAUGGGCCCUGUGCUUCAAAUCAGUCACAAAUCCCCAUUUGCCAACAUGGCAGAACCCACUGCUAGCAGAAGCCUUCCCGUCAAUAUUCAGCUCAAGUACCCCUGAAGUCAAAAGCAACAUCAGAUUUACCUAUGACACCUUCGAUAUGUUCAGACACCCUGAGAAAUUCGAGGCUUAUAUGAGACCCGAAGCAAGCUGGCGAUACAUGCUAGUCCAGCAACCUCCACUGACUACCUUAUCGUUGCUUCGCAGCAGUGCGGGGCACGGUGGCCAGCUUUUCUACCGCUACGAAACUUUAGUGAGAUCCGUCAUGAUCCCUGACCAAUUAAGCUAUUUCCAUACUGACCAAAACAAUCAGGAUAGCCCACUACUCCAAGCAUUCGGCCUCCGCAUGGAAACAAUCUUCGAAGCCCUCGUCUUCAGCGAGAUGUCAGAACAAUACGAUUACCAGCAAGCAACGGAGAUGAUCUGGGCACCCGAGCAGCUUACCGAGUGGGUACAGAAAGACUUGAAGCGAUAUAAGAUUGUGGAUUUUGGGCUCAUGGUUCUGACUACUGUUGGAUGGUCGCGGCAUGGAAUUGUUGGAAGCUCGGCGGAUGGGGAAGUCGAGUGUGUGAAGAAGAUCAAGGAUGAGUAUCGGCGGUUAGGGCUUGAGUCGAGUCAUGAGCCACGGGCUUUUGUUAAGAAGGGGAGUUAUGGAUCGUUGUGGGAUUGA